CUCAUUAUGUCUUUAUAAAUGUACUUCUUUAAUUUAUGUUAAAAUCUGUUUACAGUUAUUGUUUGCCACUUGAUGAAGUUCAAAAGUUCAGAUCAAAACUAAAAAACAAGUUUGAGCGUUUGUGUGAGGGAACAUCAAGUGAGAGAAACCCAUCACUACUGAAUGAGAUCUACACAGAGCUCUACAUCACAGAGAGUGAAAGUGGAGAGAUCAGUAAUGAACAUGAGGUGAGACAGAUUGAGACACAAUCCAGAAGAACAACAACAGAGGAGACACCAAUCAAAUGUAAUGACAUCUUUAAACCUUUACCUGAACAAGACAAACACAUCAGAAGUGUGCUGACAAAGGGAGUCGCUGGCAUUGGAAAAACAGUCUCUGUACAGAAGUUCAUUCUGGACUGGGCUGAAGGGAAAAAGAAUCAGGACGUCCACCUCAUAUUUCCACUUCCUUUCAGAGAGAUCAAUUUGAUGAAGCACAAAACACUCAGUCUUUUAGAUCUUCUUCAUCUUUUCUUCCCACAAACAAAAGAAAUGAAAAUCCUGAGUAAUAAAUAUAAAGUGUUGUUCAUCUUUGAUGGUUUGGAUGAGUGUCGUCUGUCUCUGGAUUUUAAAAGCAAAGUGAAGUUGUGUGAUGUAAGUAAAUCAACCUCAGUGGACGUGAUGCUGACAAACCUCAUCAAGGGGAAUCUAUUUCCCUCUGCUCUCAUCUGGAUCACCUCCAGACCAGCAGCAGCUGAUCUCAUCCCCUCUGAGUGUGUUGAUCGUGUCACAGAGGUACGAGGCUUCACUGAUCCACAGAAGGAGGAGUACUUCAGGAAGAGAAUCAGUGAUGAGAGUCUGUCUGAUCAAAUCAUCUCACACCUGAAGUCAUCCAGGAGUCUCUACAUCAUGUGUCACAUCCCAGUCUUCUGCUGGAUUUCAGUCACUGUUCUAGAGAGAAUGUUGAGUGAAGCAGAGAGAAGAGAGAUCCCCAAGACUCUCACUCAAAUGUACACACACUUCCUGAUCAUUCAGACAAACAUCAAACAUCAGAAGGACUAUGUGAAGAAAGUGAAGAAAGAUGAAGGCAUGAUCUUCAAACUGGGGAAACUGGCUUUUGAGCAGCUUGUGAAAGGCAAUCUGAUCUUCUAUGAUGAAGACCUGAGAGAGUGUGGCAUUGAUGUAGCAGAAGCAUCAGUGUACUCAGGAUUGUGUACUCAGAUCUUCAGAGAGGAGUUUGGUUUGUAUCAGGGGAAAGUUUACUGCUUUGUUCAUCUCAGCAUCCAGGAACAUCUAGCAGCUCUUUAUGCUCACAUCUCCUUCACAAACAACAACACAAAUGUGUUUAAACCAGGUCAGUUUUCUAACAUUUGGGGCAAAUUUAAACAUAAAUCAUCAGAAGAGGAUUUAUUAUCUGAGUUACAUCAGCGAGCUGUAGAUGAAUCUUUACAGAGUAAGAAUGGACAUCUGGAUCUUUUCCUGCGUUUUCUUCUGGGUCUUUCACUGGAGUCCAAUCAGAUUCUCUUACAGGAUCUACUGACACAGAUGAGAAGAAUCUCCUACACGAAAAAGAAAACUGUUACGUACAUUAAACAAAAGAUGACUGAGAAUCUGUCUACAGAGAAAUCCAUCAAUCUGAUUCACUGUCUGAAUGAACUGGGUGAUGAUUCACUGCUGCAGGAGAUUCAAGAUUAUGUGACAUCUUCAUCAGUAGGAAAGACCAAACUCUCCUCUUCUAAGUGGGCAGCUUUAGUUUUUGUGUUGUUGACAUCUGAGAAGCAUUUGGAUAAACUUAAUCUAAAACCAUUUAUUGGAGUUAGUAAUACAGCAGAUGAAGUUCUUGUGAGACUGCAGCUUGUGAUUAAAGAAACAAAAAAACUCAACUUGAGUUAUUGUGGUAUCACAGAUGAAGGUUGUGUUGAUCUGACUUCAGCUCUGAGAUCAAACCCAUCACACCUGAGAGAACUGAAUCUGUCUGAGAAUAAACUCACAGAUUCAGGAGUGAAGCUGAUCUCUGAUGUACUGAAGAAUCCUGACUGUAAACUGAAGAUACUGAAGUUGAGUGGUUGUAAUAUCACAGAUGAAGGUUGUGUUGCUCUGACUUCAGCUCUGAGAUCAAACCCAUCACACCUGAGAGAUCUGGAUCUGUCUGAUAAUAAACUCACAGAUUCAGGAGUGAAGCUGAUCUCUGAUGUACUGAAGAAUCCUGACUGUAAACUGAAGAUACUGUGGUUGAGGAGGUGUAAUAUCACAGAUGAAGGUUGUGUUGCUCUGACUUCAGCUCUGAGAUCAAACCCAUCACACCUGAGAGAACUGGAUCUGUCUGAUAAUAAACUCACAGAUUCAGGAGUGAAGCUGAUCUCUGAUCUAAAAUAUGAUCCACAUUAUAAACUACAGACAGUAGAGUGAGUAGAGCUCAUUUAAAUAAAUGUUUAAAGUAAACUCAUGCAGUGUCAUUUAAAUCCUAGAAUAUAAAUAUUAGAAAUAAAUGUAAAUUGAUCUGCUGCUGUUAUAGGCUGUGUAUCCUUUAAGCCCAACAAACAGAAAAUAUGAAGUGUACAUGAACAACACUUGAUGCUUUGUCAGAUCAACACAAUAAGAAUUCAAUUCAAUGUCUGAGUCUGUUUACUAACUGUGAUGUUGAGUUUGUUCACUCCAGGAUUUAAUACUGUGAUCUUACUCUUCUUACACAUUAUAUAUGAUGUUUGUUAAUGGGGUUUGUUUGAUAG